GUAUGAAAUGCAAAACAGUUUGCAAUGAAUGAGUGAAUGAAUGGUUGAAUGAAUUACUGUUUUGAGUGAAUGUCUCCAUAAUUGACACAAAACUGUUAGAAAUAUGUGUUUAUAAUGUGUUUAAUGUUGACAAACAUAUGAUCACUAGUGAUGGCCACAUAUUUGACGCCUUGAAUGGAGAUGUGGAGGAAUGAAGACAUGAGUGAUAUGAAUAUAUACGACAUGAACGACGACAGUGUGUCCAUAAGUGAGGCCAAUGUCUUGCAAUUGAAUCAAACGCUUAGACAACGGGAAGCAGUAAUCAAACAAUUGAGUGAACGCUUGCAGACAACGCUGAAGAGUCGCGAUGACAUCACAGAGACGGCUGAGACAAUGGCACAACAGGUCCAGGAGCUCAGGAGUCAGUUGAAGUUAAUGUCCACAUCACUGCUACAUAAGGCAAUGGAUGGACAGCCGUCGCCGGCUCUCCACGACUUUCAGUGCCAAACAGAGUGGACGGAAGACAACUCCUUCUCCGUUGAAGAGCCCCGAAGACUGAGUCAAUCGCUGUUAUCGGUGGACACCGUUCCGCACGGCCUCAAGACGUUGAGUUCAGUGUCCGAAAGCACUUAUUUGGGCGACAAUUCGGUGCAAACGGAGUCUGAUUUGCAUUUGAAAUGCAGACAAGAGUUGGAAAGACUUGAAUACAAUUUGAUGGUUGAGUUCAAUGAACGCGAGAAACGCAUCGAAUCGACUCUUUCGGAGCGCGUGAAUCAAUUGCAACAACAGAUGGUAAGCGACCGGAACUCAUACCUCGACACCAAUCGCAAACUCGACGAAGAGAUCGAUCGCUUGAAGUCAUACAUCACUGAAUUAGAAGACAAACAAAAGUCACUCAAAAUGAAUGGCGACCACGAGAUUGAAAGGUAUACAAAGACACGAAUCAACGAGUCUUCCUCUCCGGUGUCGCCCUUUUCUCCAUUUCUUCAGAAUAUAACAGAAAACGAAUUGCAUUUGCGAUCGACGUCUCGGUCACCAAUUUUUCAAACUCUUCAGAAAUAUGUCGCCCAAACGCCUAUUGAAAACUCGAGACUUCUUCACGUGUUGUCCGAUUUAGUGAAGACAUUCAUAGAUACUGAACACGACAUUCAAAAACAUUUAAUAGAUAUGGGAAUAGAAAAUAGGGUAACAAAUAAAGAGGAAUUAUUACAGAGUUUUGUUUCGAUCAACGAUGACGUGAACGAAAGGCUUGAGGAGACGAAUGAAUUGUGCGAAGACGGACCUGAUUUGACGCCUAAUUCAAAUGCAGUGUAUUAUACGCCACCUUCGGGUCAGAAUGAGGUGGAAGAGGAUGUGGUGUUGGGCGCCAGUAGACGACUCCGCACUGCCGUCGAUCGCAUCCUUAAGCUAUUGAGUGAAGUGUUGUCCGCACAACACGAACACGACUAUAGUUCGGUUGCGAAGAAAAACGAAGAACUGUUGUCUGAGUUGAACGAAGAGUGUGUCAGACGUAACAAAUUGACGACACAGUUGUUCCAAAUCGAGGAUAGGGUUAAAAGCCUUGAGAAAGAGAAGUCAACUCUUUCUGAGAACCUCAUUGACUACAACGAAAUGAAGCGACAAUUAGAGACAACGAGAGCUAAAUUGAAUGAAUACGAGUUGGAAAGAGACAAAUGGAUGAGUGAUAACAAACGUCUGGAAGACGAGAAGAGUUCUUUCGCACAGGGAUUACCACAACUUCAAAAAAAAUUGGUUGACGACAAUGAGUCCCUCAACAGUGAUGUGCUUCAACUACAACAAGAACGGAUCAAACUCUUGCAACGAAUACAUGCGUUAACUCUGGAAAGCGAGACAUUGAGGAGCGAAAGGGAUGACAUUCUGGACGACAAACGCAGGGAAUGCGAGGAUUUUGUCGCUCAGAUCGAAGCCAACGAAAAGAAUAUAUUGAGUUAUCGUAAGUUUAUUGACGAACAAACCCACGAACGAGAGCUCGAAAGAGAUGAAUACCACAAAGAAUUGGUUGCUUUGAAUGAGAGGCUUAAAGAUAAAGAGAAAAGCGAAUCGAAGUUAAGAUCACGUUUGGAAGAAAUGGAAACUCAAAUGAGUUGUUUAACCGAAGAGAAGUGUUUCAAAGAGAAACAAUUGGAUGGAUGUAGUCAUCAGCUAAAGACAGCAAACAACGAUAUAUCGGAAUUAAAAGCUAUUAUAGACCAAAUGGAAAGAGAGAGCGACAAAAGCAGUCAAUCAGAGAAGAAGUUAAGGUCGAAAAUCGAUGGUCUGAAUGAAGCGCUCGAACUUCAGAUAAGAAUCAACGAGGAAUCGCAGAACGAUGUUUUGGCCAAUAAUUUAUUAGAACAAAUCACAUCAAAGACACAUCUCCUGCAGAACAGCCUCGGAUCAGCCGAAACUGAAUCCGAAGACACAUCACUGGAGUGUUCGUACACUGAUGUGGCGCUUCUCAGAGACAAAUUGAAUGAUUUGAAUGAAUGUAUCGACAAAUUGCUCGUUCAGAACAAGAGUCUUAAGAACCAAUUGGAACUGAUUAGGAGUGAGAAGAACAUAGAUUACGAUGAAUUAGUUAAAGAGAAGCAGAGUUUAGAAAGAAAUUUGACUGAAAUUUAUAGAUCUAAUGAAAUACUGAAAGACGAACUCAACACAAAGCACUUGCAGUUAAGUUCUCUUAAAUCAAGACUUGAGUCGUCUUUGGAUUCUUCAGAUAUGAAGCAUAUGUUUGAAGAAAUGCAGAAUAAAUUGAUUUCUGAGGAACAGAAGAAUAAGAAAUUUGAUUUCGAAUUAAUUUCACUCAAACAACAGAUUGACGACAAAAACGACAAAAGUUUGCAAUUAAUGGACGAAUUAAAUGCUAUUAAACGUCAAUUUAAAGCAAUAGAUUCCGAGAAGUGUUCUCUUGUCAGAGAGAACGACGAAUUAAGGCUCAAAUUGAGUUCAAAAGAUGCUAUACUUGUAGCCAUUAAACAGAAAAGUGACGAAAAAGGGUUUGCGUCCAAACAACUGAUCGAACAAAUAGAUAAUUAUAAACAAACGAUCGAAACGAUUGAAAGUGAAAAAUUAAAACUGAUUCAAAUGAAUGAGGAAUUAAAGUCCAAAUUCGGUGCCAACGAAAUGAAUGUGAAUUCAAUGCGACAACGAAUGGAAGAAAUCGAGAUAAAAGAGUCAAAAUAUUUAGAAACUACUGAGUCAUUGAGUAGGAAAUUAAAAGUUUUGAAUCGAGAUAAAAGCCAUUUAACCAAAGAAAACGCAGAAUUGAAGGCAAACUUAAGUUCUGUGAACGCUGUCCUCCUCUCACUCACAGAACAGGUCGACCAAAAAAAUGCCAAAACUCUGCAACUGAUGGCGAAAAUGGAUUCUCUAAGCAAUAAAUUGAAAACAAUUGAAUCCGAAAAAGUAAAGUCAUUGAAAGAAAACGAAGAAAUGAAACUAAAAUUAAAUCAUUUCGAGAAACAUAUUCACGACUUGAAGUGUCAGAUCAGCGAAGAACAGAUCAAAUCCUUACGCCUUAUUGAGGAAAUCGAGUCAUUGAAGUGUCGGCUCAAAGUGAUUGAGUCAGAGAAGGAUAGACUUCUUAAAGAAAACUCUUCAUUAAAAGCUAAACUCAAUUCAAACGACGAGAUUGUGAUUCUCCUGAAACAACAGUUGGAAGAGAAGAACAAUAAAAUAAAACAUUUAAAUGAAUUGAUCGAUAAAAUGAAGAAUAAUUUCCUUCGAUUCGAAAGCGAUAAUAGAGAGCGAAGAGAGAAAUCUAUUUCCAGUUCUGGAAAAAUAUUUCAAAUCCAUUCGGAAAAGGCUGCCGAAGAAGACGAACGUCUAAAUGGUGUCUCUUCUCAGUUGUUGUGGAGACUAAAGCGAGUGAUGAGUCAAAAGAAUGCAUUGAUUCAUCAGAAGAAGUAUUUACUUCACGUUUUGGGCGGCUUUCAAUUGACUGAAAAGGCAACUCUCGCUCUAUUGGCUAAUAUGAAUGUAACAGUUGACGACGAAUUGCCGGCCUAUCAAAGCGGCAAAAAUCGUUUCCGAAGUGCUGUCUAUUGUGUGAUUGCGAUCUCCAGAAUGAAACUAUUGGUCCGUAAGUGGAAGUUUCGAAAUCACUUGAAAUCAAGCAAAUCAAGUGUUGCCAAAACUGUGAGCACUAACUCUUUGGGCGCCACUAAUGAACUACAAACCGAUUCUACUUUACAAGAGUUUGUCAAUCGUUUACAACGACUCCACGACACUCUUGGCCUCAGAACUGGACAGAUAUGAGUCGUCCAUUCAGUCCACUCACUAACACAUUAAUGAUUUCAUUUCUUAACCAAAAAUAUAUAUACAUUAAUGAAAUAUAUUUUAUAAAUAAGUUUAGUUUUAAUAACGAAAAGAGUAAAUAAAAAAGAUUUUAUUGUUUUAUAAAAAA